AUGGAUAAAGCCAACCCACCAAAGAAGCCCGCGACCACUUCCAGCUACAUCUCCUCAUCUGGUCAUGUUCUUGAUACACCCCCUGUUUCCGCCCGCAUCUCCCGCCUAGGCGACAACAUCUACAACUUUCUCGGCCUGUACUUCGUGUCUCUGUUCAGCCUUGACCCCUAUACCGCAGCGCAAAACAGUCGAUUCAACUCGCGCGGACGACCAAAUGCCUACCAGGAGCGUGCGAGGUGGGGAGGAGCGAACCGCGCAGGGGGAGUCGGUGCAGGGCCGGGCGGAAGUGGACCUUCAGGAGGAAGAGGCGGCGGUGGCAGCGGGUUUGGAGGUAGUGGAUCAGGAAGGAGGAUGGGUGGGGUCGACGAUGUCAGAGCGCCAGAGUGCGGAAGCUGUGGUUAA